AAAUAUGUGAUAUAUAUUUUAGUCAGAAAUUAGAAAAUGAUUAUUCAUAUCAUUCGAUCUUGAUCUUGUUUGGUGGUUUAUUUCCCCCGCACCUGUGGGUUUGAGUGUUUUUGUCCCACGUUGCUUGCCGUAGAUUAUCGUUGACCUGUGUUUUGCUUUUGCAGACAUGUGAUGUCGCUGUACAGUAAUUUAUCUAAAGUAUUAUUUGCUCUGCAGCCUUUUAACACAACGGGUUGGUUGUCUACCACUGCCCGCAGAUAGUUUAUUUGGAGGGAACUGCUAAAUAUAUACUCCGCUCUGCAGCUGUGUCAUUGCUAACUCGGAGCUAACAGCUAGCUAAGGUAAAUCACUCUUCGAUCGAGCCAACGAAACUCAGUUCCGCAUUCACAAAAAUGACCACUGCAAGUGCGGACCAUUUUCCUUAGCUUUGUGUUUAACGGUGGCUUCUGUUACAGCCACAGCGUGACUCCUCUGUUGAAUGUCUUCACCGUACAAGGCGCAAGGUGCGUGCUGCAGAGCUCAACUCGAGUGCCCCCACGAUGAGUCGGUCUACAUUCAUAGUAGCUGUUGUCCUCGCAUGUUCUUUGUCGAUAUGUUUCCACAUCGACCACUUGUCAGUCCAUGAAACGAUCGAACCGAUCGGGCCGGUCCAUGCUAAGCAGAAUGAGAUCAUAGCACAUGACAGGCUAGUCAAUAAUCAUCCAGCCAAACCCCAGAAGGAGUCCGUGGUGUCGGAGAGAAGCCUCCCUGACAACUCCCAAGACACUAAUAAACACAGAGAUGAUAAAUGCACCAUGGCCCCAGAAGGUCGGUUCGACUGUGCGAGGGACAGGGCUCUCAGCCAGAGACAGUGUGAGGAAAGGGGAUGCUGCUACGCCCCCCUGCCUUCCUCUGCAUCAGGACCACCUUGGUGCUUCUACCCCAGUUUGUACCCUGGCUACAAAAUGGGUCCCCUCACUCCCACCAGGAGAGGCCAGGUUGCCACCCUGACCCGUGCCAAGCCCUCCUAUCUCCCCAGAGACGUCUCCACUCUCAGCCUGGAUCUCUCGGAGGAGGCUGCGGGCUGUUUGCGCCUCACCUUGAAGGACCCGUCAUCUCAGCGAUAUGAAGUCAAGCUCCCGGCUGGUGUUCCUCCGAGCGAAGAUGACGCCCAUGAUGCCCUCUACACCGCUGAGUACCAGUCUGACCCUUUUGGGUUCAUAGUGCGACGUAGAUCCAAUGGAAAAGUGAUUAUGAACACCACUGUGGCUCCUCUGCUGUUUGCUGACCAGUACCUGCAGCUGUCAACCACACUGGCCUCUUCCCUGGUCUCAGGCCUUGGGGAGCAUUACACCGACCUCCUCCUGGACCUUAACUGGACCACUCUGACUCUCUGGAACAGAGACAUGGCCCCUCAUGCUGAUGCUAACCUGUACGGCUCCCACCCAUUCUACAUAGUACAGGAGGAGGAUGGCCUGGCACAUGGUGUUUUCCUUCUCAACAGUAAUGCAAUUGAGGUGAUGUUGCAGCCGACCCCCGCUCUCACCUGGGUGUCCACGGGAGGAAUCCUGGACCUGUAUAUUUUCCUGGGUCCUGACCCUCAAAGUGUUAUACGACAGUAUCUCCAGGUCAUUGGCUAUCCCAUGAUGCCCCCCUAUUGGUCACUGGGCUUUCACCUGUGUCGCUGGGGUUACACGACCACUAAUAUAACCCGCAAGGUUGCACAACUCAUGCACAAUGCCAACUUUCCAUUGGAUGUGCAGUGGAAUGAUCUGGAUUAUGCAGAUGAGCGCAGGAUUUUCACUUUUGACCCCUGGCGAUUUGGGGACCUCCCAGAGAUGGUGGAAGAGUUCCACAAGAGAGGCAUGAAGUACAUCCUCAUUCUGGACCCAGGGAUCAGCAGCACCAGUCCCCCUGGGACUUACCCUCCCUUUGAUGAUGGACUGAAACGAGACGUCUUCAUUAAAAAUGUUACAGGCCACACCCUGAUCGGGAAGGUCUGGCCUGGCCCAACAGCCUUCCCUGACUUCACCAACGCAGAGACCCGACAGUGGUGGGAGGACUGCAUCAGAGAUUUUCAUUCUAAAGUGCCUGUGGAUGGACUGUGGAUUGGCUCAGUGGAGGGCUGUCCUGACAGUGAUCUUGAGAACCCGCCCUACACACCCAGAGUGGUCGGGGGCCAGUUGAACUCUGGGACACUGUGCAUGUCAGCUCAGCAGAGGCUGUCUACUCACUACAACCUGCACAAUAUGUACGGACUGACAGAAGCGUACGCCACCAACAGAGCUCUCAUGAAGGUGCGAGGGAAGAGGCCCUUUGUCCUGUCUCGCUCUUCUUAUCCUGGCAUUGGACGCUUCUCCGGAGUGUGGACAGGUGAUGUCAGGAGUGACUGGGAGCAGCUCCGAUACUCCAUACCUGCGAUGCUGCAUUUCAGCCUGUUCGGGGUGCCUCUGGUGGGGGCAGACAUCUGUGGCUUUGAAGGCGACACCACUGAGGAGCUGUGUGUACGAUGGAUGCAGCUUGGGGCCUUCUACCCGUUUAUGAGGAACCACAAUGACAAGCCCAAUGCUCCUCAGGAGCCCUAUGUAUUUGGGAAGACGGCCCAGGCUGCCAUGCGGAGUGCAUUGAACCUUCGAUACUCUCUUCUCCCUUUCCUCUAUACACUCUUUUAUCAUGCCCACACCUCUGCUGACACGGUGGCCAGACCUCUCUUCAUGGAGUUUCCCACUGACCCUAACUGUCAGACCAUAGACCGGCAGUUCUUGUGGGGGAGUUCACUUCUCAUUAGCCCAGUUUUAGAGCAAGGGUCAGGAGGACUGGCUGCCUACCUGCCCCUCGGCACUUGGUACAACUUGCACAAUGGUGAACCUUUCUACAGUAACGGUCAGUACAUGCAGCUGCCAGCCCCUCUGGACAUGAUCAACGUACAUUUGAGGGAGGGACACAUUAUCCCGCAGCAGGAUCCUGCUCUGACGACCACAGCCUCACGCAGAAACCCUUUCUUCCUGACGGUGGCGCUGUCAGCAGAUGGCUGGGCCUGGGGCGACUUGUUCUGGGACGACGGCGACAGUCUUGACACCUACAAAAUGGGAAAUUAUUGUUACGUCACCUUCAUUGCUGGACAGUGUCAGAUUGUGAGUGAUCCUCUGAGGCUGAACGCGGCCCUGGACGGUCUGGUGCUGCGAGGGCUGCAGGUGUUUGGGGUGCCCUCACCUCCCAGCUAUGUAUUGGCCAAUGGAGAGAAAGUCAAUGAUUUCAUGUUCUACAGUGACACCAAGCUUUUGACAGUGACCAACCUGGCCUUGCCCAUGUCGAAGGUGUUUACAGUCCAGUGGGCUCUCUGAUGCACACAACACUGUUGCUCAUAGGCCUUCGGGAGACUUAGCAUUGUGCCUAGCCGCUGAAAACAAUAGCUGCAUUUCUAUGCACUGACACCAGCUCCUUUCCUUGAUCUCUCCCAACCCCCCCAGAGCUCAGUAUGCACCUUACAUUUGCUCUUUGUCAUUUGCCAGAUUGUGGGCCUUUGUCAGCAGGUCUGUUAACAUCGAACCCUGGGAGCCAUCAUCUUGAUGUGAAGCCAUUUUUACUGCCAACUGCUACACUGAAUCAGCUUGGUUUAAUGCCUUGCGAAUGUAUAUAGUUUUUACAUUUUUUUUAAAUCCUUCGUAUUUAAAAAAAAUCAUGUUUAUGUCUUAGUUCCAUUGCCGAAAUAAACUGGUGGAAAAAAAUAAAUAAUAAUUUGUCUGCAUUUA